AUGUCAAAUAUUGGAAGUCGCCGAAAAAAUCCAUUAAAUUUAAGUUUGCCGGCGACAGUCAAAGAAAACGAUGUAACGAAAAGUAAUGAAGAAGAAGAAUUAGGUGGAAGCAACGUAAGGACAUUCUCACUUGAGGAACAAAUCAAGCAAAUGACAUUGACCGAACCACAAAAACGUCGAAUGCAAGAAUUUAUGCAAGAAAAAAAACAGAUACCUAUAAAUGAACUGAGUGAAGAUAUGCUGGAAAAGAUUUGUGAAUUAGGUCAUGGUAAUGGUGGUGUUGUUAGCAAAGUUAUGCAUAAGCCAAGUAAGAUUGUCAUGGCGAGAAAACUUGUGCACUUAGAAGUGAAACCAUCUGUACGAUCUCAAAUUCUAAAAGAAUUGGAUGUAUUAAACAAAUGUAAUAGUCCUUAUAUUGUUGGCUUUUAUGGUGCUUUUACUGACAAUAAUGAUAUAUCUAUUUGUAUGGAAUUUAUGGAUGGUUUAUCCCUUGAUGUUAUUUUAAAAAAGGUAUUCAAUUGUUUUAAGAAAUAUUGA